UUAAGAGUGGUCAAUAUUAUGAACAGCAAUCUCCUGUACCAAAUCAACAAGAACAGUUAUCCUUAAACUAUGUAACUCUCUCCAAUGCGUUAUCUACACAACUUGAAGGAAAACCUGAAAAAAGAAAGCCAAAAGAUGAUAGAAAUCUUACAAAAGUUUGGGAUACCAAGGCAUGGGAUAAAAAGGAUGUUAUUUAUUAUCGAUAUGAAAGAGGAAAAAUUCACCCUGAUAUGAAACUAACUUAUCUAGUUAAUGAUGUAUGGUGGGAAGAACCAGUUCUAGUUCAACAAGAAAAUGCAUACACUCAACUUUAUGAAAUGUUAGAUAUUAUUUCCCCAUCCUCUUAUUAA